AUGGCUGAUUAUUCGAAGGAAGAGUUUUUACAGUUGAUCAAGCGAUUUGGGGUUUAUGUCACCGUCAAGAUCUCCAAUCUCUUACAUGGCCUGGAUUUACGAUCUAUUGGAGCUUUAGCAGGGCUUGCUGUUGCAAUAGUUUUCACCUGGAGACUACUUAGAUCACCAAGUGGACCUCAAAGAAGGCGGCCUAAAAGGCCAGCUGUGGCCCCUAGUAGUUCUGGCAUGAGUACUCUUCCAAACACAAAUGUGGUAGCUUCUAGAGUCUGCUCAUCUUCAGAAGAUUCAAGAGCAGAAAAUGUGAUUGAUGAGUUUUUCCUGCCCGUAAAGCCAACUCUGGGGCAAAUAGUUAGGCAGAGGUUGAGUGAAGGAAGAAAGGUAACAUGCCGAUUAGUUGGUGUAAUCCUUGAGGAAAGUACUCCAGAGGAGCUUCAGAAACAGGCAACUGUGAGAUCAUCCGUCCUGGAGGUGCUGCUUGAGAUCACGAAAUUUUGUGAUUUAUAUCUACUCGAAAGAGUGCUGGAUGAUGAAAGCGAAAAAAAGGUUCUCCUGGCUUUAGAAGAUGCUGGGGUUUUUACGUCCAGUGGAUUGGUCAAAGACAAGGUUCUCUUUUGUAGCACAGAGAAUGGGCGUACAUCUUUUGUUCGGCAACUGGAGCCAGAUUGGCAUAUAGACACAAACCCUGAAAUUGUCACUCAAUUGGCGAGGUUCAUCAAAUACCAGCUCCACAUAUCGCCAGUAAAACCCGAGCGAACUGCUUCCAAUGUUUUCAGCUCUCCAUCCUUAGAACAAUUCUUUGGGAGUCUUUGA